GCAAUUCUUAAAUCUUAAAAUUGAUGCACUCACUCCGACCGUAUGCUCUUAGCCUUUGCGCCUCUUUCAUUAUUUCUUUCUACUAAUGAGUGUAAUUGUCGCACUAGAAAUCGGGACCCUCUUCAUUUAAGUGUGCAAAGGUGUUACAAUGACAUCUAGCACCGCCAGUUUUCGGGUUCCAGGCACAUUUGGGUGCGAAUUCUGUCCACAAUCUCUGCCUACUAAAGGAUCUUUGAAUCGUCAUCGGAACACUCAUAUUCGCCCAUACAAAUGCAUUGUAUGCCAAAGUGGGUUUGCUUUGCGCAGCGAUCUACGACGCCAUGAAAGCAAGCAUGGAAGUGUGAAUCCACGAUUUAUGUGCAAGUGGCCUAAAUGUAACUUCAAAGGAUCUGCACGGAAAGACAACCUCCUGAGGCAUAUGAAAAAAAUGCAUUCAAAGGUAGCUGCCACUGACGAAGAAGACAAUUGCAAUGCAGCAAGCUUACAGGAUGCUUACGAUGAAGCGAUUCAAAAUCGUAAGGAGUUAGACAAAAGUCUGACUAUUUUGAAACUUGUGCAAGAUGGAAAUAUUGCAUCGCUCCAGUUGCUACUGCACAAAGGGGGAGAUUUCAUGGAGACCACUGAUACCGGUAAAACCGUACUGCACAUAGCUGCCUUUAAUGGCCAUUUGAAAAUUGUCAAACUCCUUCUCAAUACCAUUAUUGAACACAAUGUCAAGGACACAGCUGGAAGAUCUGCACUUCAUGAUGCCGCUAAAGGUGGGCAUUCUCAAAUCUUCCAGGAGCUCAUAGCUGCGGGAAUGAGUCUAUAUGAUCGAGAUAACAAUGAUGAAGAUCCAAUGUGCGAAGUGUGCCGUAAUGGGCAUCGAGAUCUUGCACAAGAAAUACUUGGAAUUCAAACGCAGCUCAGUUUGAGUGAUGGCUCGCCAAUGGGCUCUACUUCGAAUGAAGGGUCAGGCAUCACAAAAUCAACAUCUGACGAGUAUCAUGAUUGGGUCAAGACCGUUGGUAUGAAAAAAUACAUCAAAUUAGCAAUUGAAAACGGACACCGUGCUAUCGUGGAGAUUAUUCUAUUCCAACACUCAGAUUUCAAUCAGAAUCACUUGGCAUAUGCCCUUGAAAAGGCUGCAAGUAUUGGAGAACAUCAGCUUGUUGUCUCAAUCCUCCAGAAAAAGGAUCGAUUAAGUCUGCGGGUCUGCUUUCGCGCACUUAGGCUUGCUGCUAUGCAUAGAGAUAUCCCCAUCAUGGACACAUUGUUUGAGGAAGCAAUCCAACCCAAAAUCGGAGCCGGCACGGGGAAAAUUUGGAUAAUGCUUCUAGAGGCGGUUGCUAUUGGCAAUGAUGAUAUGGUUCGUUUUCUCAUUGGAAAGGGGGCAAAUCCAAAGUACCAAUACAGUGGAAAUUGGGUAACACCUCUGUAUAAAGCUUCCAGCCUUGGCAAAUUGACAAUCGUUACCACGUUACUUGAAGCGGGGGCUCACGUGGAUUUCCUUUGUUCGAGGGGUACAGCGUUGUACAUAGCCACAAAACGAGGAAACAAAGAAGUUGUUGCUUUAUUGCUUGAAGCUGGAGCCAACUCCAAUGCUUCCACCAACUAUAGAGAGACAGUUCUUCAAGCGGCUGUUAAAAUAAACGAUAAAGCAUUAAUCGAUUUGUUGAUUGAGAAGGGAGCAGAGGUCAAUGCUUCCGAUAAUUAUCGUUCUGGGACAGCUCUUCAAGAGGCUGUCAAGGGAGGAAAUAAAGCAAUAAUCGACUUGUUAAUCGAAAGGGGAGCAGAGAUUAAUGCUUCCGGUAGUAAUUAUUCUGGGACAGCUCUUCAAGAGGCUGUCAAGGGAGGAGAUAAAGCAUUAAUCUAUUUGUUGAUUGAAAAGGGAGCAGAGAUCAAUGCUUCCGGUAGUUAUAGUUCUGGGACAGCUCUUCAAGAAGCUAUCAAGAGAGGAGAUAAAGCAAUAAUCGAUUUAUUGAUUGAAAAGGGAGCAAAGAUCAAUGCUUCCAGUAAUGAUCGUUCUGGGACAGCUCUUCAAGAGGCUAUCAAGAGAGGGAAUGAAUCGAUUAUUAUACAGUUGAUUCAGCUUGGUGCUGAUAUCAACGCCCCAAUAAACUCGGAGUCAUAUAGUGGAUCUAAUCCUGGAGUUGCGAUUCAAGAAGCUGUAAAACAUGGAAAUCAAACUAUUGUGGAUAUGCUGUUACUAGCUGGAGCUGAUGUCAAAGUCCCGGCCAACAUAAAUUGUGGCACACCUUUACAAGAAGCUGUAAGAAAUGGCAAUGAGUAUAUGAUCGAACAGUUGAUUGAUCUUGGUGUUGAUAUCAACGCUUUGGAAUAUUCAUGCUACAAAGAGUACCCCAAUCCGGGAGUUGCGAUUCAAGAAGCUGUAAAACAUGGAAAUCAAACUAUUGUGGAUAUGCUGUUACUAGCUGGAGCUGAUGUCAAAGUCCCGGCCAACAAAAAUUGUGGCACACCUUUACAAGAAGCUGUAAGAGAUGGCAAUGAGUAUAUGAUCAAAAAGUUAAUUGAUCUCGAUGUUGAUGUUAAUGCUCCGGCUGUUAAGUCAUGGGGAUGGUCUUGGAAUGGGAAUUUUAAUCCGGAAAUCGCAAUCCGGGAAGCUGUAAAGAGGGGUAACCGAACAAUCAUGGAUAUGCUCAUUCGAGCCGGCGCCGUUGACCCUGGGGAAGAUUAAAUUGCUAUGGGAGUCAAAGCGAACGUUUCUUGUCAAUUCACGCUCAAGAUCAAUGGUUUAUGUUUUCCAGCCUAUGUCUGGCCGGCCAAGUGUGGUUUAGCAAUGCUGUUAGGUCUUUUGGGCUCUGGCCUUACUAGCAUCCACACACCUUUGGCAGAUCAUUAUUCAUGGAUCAUGAUUUUCGGCAAAUUCUCGCUGAACAUUAAAGAUAUAUCACUGGUAUCGUCAUUUUUGAUGCCCGUAACAAUAUUACGGGAUUUUGUGGUAGAAUGGAAUUUGUUCAAUGCAUAGAGGCCUACUGGAUAAGUGCUUCGGUAGAAUAUCGAAAUAGUUAAACA